AUGGCGGCCUCCGUGCUGCGCUCACCCUGUGGCCCGCUGCGGCUCGGCCUUCCCUGUCUGUGUCACCACCGACCGCCCCGGAGCCUGUGGGCGCGAGCCCGGCGGCUCCCGGGGCUCGUGGGGUCCGCGCGAAGCGUGGCCGCGGCCAGCGGAGCAGGCGCCUUGGGCUCCGACCGCUACUGCAUGGAGCUGCUGCUUAAGGACUCUGUCUCUGAGAAAACAAUUGGAUUGAUGAGAAUGGAAUUUUGGAAAAAAACAGUGGACGACAUAUACCGUGACAACCCACCCCAGCAGCCUGUGGCCCUCGAGCUAUGGAAGGCUGUCAAAAGACAUAAUCUGACCAAAAGAUGGCUUAUGAAAAUCAUUGAUGAAAGAGAAAAAAAUUUGGAUGACAAAGCAUACCGUAAUAUCCAGGAAUUGGAAAAUUACGCUGAAAACACACAGAGUGCUCUUCUUUACUUAACACUAGAAAUAUUGGGUGUAAAGGACAUUCAUGCAGACCAUGCCGCGAGUCACAUUGGAAAAGCCCAGGGCAUUGUGACUUGCUUGAGAGCAACGCCCUAUCAUGGAAGCAGAAGAAGGGUGUUCCUUCCCAUGGAUAUUUGUAUGCUGCAUGGUGUUCCCCAAGAGGAUUUUCUACGGAAGAACCAAGAUAAAAAUGUGAGAGAUGUGAUCUAUGACAUUGCCAGUCAGGCACACUUGCACCUGAAGCAUGCUAGGUCCUUCCACAAAAGUGUUCCUGUGAAAGCAUUUCCUGCUUUUCUUCAGACGGUUAAAUCUGGCAGCAAUCAGCUACUGAGCAUCUGGGUUCCUGUCCAAGGGUCUUAA